AAGCACUGGGAUUUGGAAUUGGUCUCGAAAGGAACAUUGAAAUAACAAAAAGACGGCUAGAAAACUGGUGGCAAGAAAGUGGCCAGGGCACCUUUUGAAAGGAUUGGAACUCGGACACUUGAGGAUUUUAAGGCUAGGACGUACAACUUAUGCUGUGCUGUCCACCCGCUACAAAGGGGCAGCCGCCAUCAUCAUCAUCAUCAUCAUCACCAAAUCCAAAAUAUGUGUUUUGAACGGUUUUGAAAAUCGGGCGAAAAUAGUGAAAUAAGCCAGUGAAAGUGUACACCUUGCUUGGAAGUGUGAAAAGCCGAUGUCCUCAACGCUGCUGGGGCUGCUGCACUGCACGAAAGCUGCUGCAGUCAUAGAAUUGUCAGUCGUUGGACAUCACAAGCACACACGCACAGAACCACAGAACGGUCACAGUGCGUAACCGAUACAGGAAAAAAGGGAUCACUUGUUGCAUCAUUGAGGAUGUCUGUGUCUCAGUCGGGGAAACGUCGCGAGCUGGAAGAUCUUGACAUAGUUAUUAGAAAAGAAACUCAGGCAAUUCAAGAUAUGAUUUCAAAUGGAAACAUCGAAAGCGAAAACGUUAAAGACAGGAAGAAAAUGCUAGCCUUAGCCCUCAACGACCGUGGAAUGCUGUGGUACAGGCACGUUGAAUUUGACAAGGCUGUUGCAGAUUACGCCUCAGCAGUGACAUACGACGACUCACUAGCAGCAGCCUAUUUCAACCGAGGCACAAUACAUUAUCGUCUGGGUGACUUUGGCCUAGCCAUGGCUGAUAUGUCAAGGGCAGUGUCUCUAGAACCAGAGAAUGAAGAGUUUCAGAAAGGAUACCAUGAAAGCAAGAUCAUGCUCUAAUAUCUUCUAACUCGAUGCUCAUUGACUUGAUGAAUGAUGCAUCACGCUCCUUUGCUCCCACUGCAACUUCUGUACCAUGUUGUCAAAAAAUUCUUCAAAUAUAUAUUUUUAAUACAAGCAAAGGUAAUUAAUUUAAGCACCAUCAUUAAAAAAAGAUAAAUCACUUUAUUUCGAAUAGCAAUAAUCUACAGUCAUUGAGGCUGCUUAUCUUUGCAAUGCUGAACAAGACAGAGCAUAAUACCACUGACUGAGCUGCACAUUUUUUUUUUCUAAGUCCUUUAGUUUUUUUAAAAGCUGUGUGUCUAAAAAGGAUGUAACUACUGGACGAUUACUUAACUAAAAUUAAUCAACUUGUUAGAUGUUUUUGAAAAAAAAAAAAAAAAGUGGGACAAGGAUUGGGGGCAAUCAUUAUUUGUAUGUACCCUCUUUCUAAAAAAUCCUGAAUUGACGAACUCUGGUAUGCAAAUGAGCCGAAUCAGAAUUACGCAGAAACGACAUCGCUUUGGCUUAUGGGCCAGAAAGCAGUCUGUUUAGCCAACAGAUCAGCAUUUAUUCCAAUCAGCUUGAUCGCUAUAAAACAAGUGGCGCUCCGACGCAAACGCCCUUUCCCUCUUUUUGCGCUCAAGAAGUGCAUGGUUUCAUCUUCAGUUCAUUUGUAAUUUAUAUCUCAAAGUACAUGCUUAUUUUAGGAUAUUUAAACAAGUCGUUGAAUUUAAAGCCUGGCUGCAUAACCCACCUGUGCAAACCACACCUAUCUCUCUCAAAGAAUUUCGCCAUAAAAUAGCACAUGUGCUCGGAGAUCAACUUUUUGGGGUUGAACCAGAUUCCUCUCCACUGAACCAGUUGCGAACCAACUGUGGACAAACCCAAAUUCUUCCAGAAUUGCAGUCAUGUACGCUGUUUAGUGGUAAUCUGUGUGCAUGUGUGAUGUAAAUAUCAUUUGACUGCAACAAUAAACUAUACCAACAUUACAAAAUGUGA